AUGGCGAAGAAGAGGAAAUCGGACGCGACGCGGCUGGAAGAGGUGGAUCGAGGGAUGUACACCGCUUUCUGCAGCGCCGCCAAUAAUCUGUCUCAGCUGUACUCUCAGGCCAUGCACCAGCAGCGGCUCUCCUUCCAGGCCGGCGAACGCCACGCGAUGGAGAAGCUUUAUAGCUGGAUUUUGAGGCAUCAAGAAGAUGGGGUUAGAUUGAUGUCCGGUGACAUAGUCGCCUAUUUGCAGAAUGAACUCGAUUACGCAAUAGAGGAACAGCAACAAACGCAAAAUCCUCACGCGGUAAUCCCAGCAUCUUCCAACGUGUAUGGCCCUACAAAUGUCUCACAAGGAUUGCGUUCGGGAGUCAACACCGACCAGUCCAAGAAUUCCGUUUUCUCGAAUGCCCUCUCGAGUCCUGUUCGCCGGAGCCUACAGACGUAUCACCUCUCGCAUAGCGGACAAUAUGUGAAUAACCCUGCCCGUGCCCCUGAGAAUAAUAACAGCAACCCAAAUCCUCCGAGUUCUAACGACACUUCAAUGGAUAUUCACCCUGAUAGCCCUUCUCACGAUUCUCCUUACUAG